UCUCAUUGUAGUCGUUCAGUAUUGCAGUGUCGCUCUCACUGUAAACUGCCUAGUUGAAAUAAUAUUUAUAAUAUUUAUAUAUUUUUAUAAAAUAACAACAUAAAACGAAGGGAGGUUAAGCCAUGCCGCAGCGACCACGGCUUAAGGUGCCCCACUAUGGCAUGGGACGCAGAAGCUCGAUAGUUACAAUGCUGCAGACAAUUAAGCCAUGCAUCGUGGAGUACGCUUAUUUUUGGGAGAGCAAGAAGAACGAAGAGAACGCCGGGGUUGGGGAGAUUCUGUCAGGAUCUGGCACAGAAGACAAAGAAGUGACAGCCGAGCCGCAAAUGCCGGCCAAGGCCAACAAAAUUAACAUCAAGGUAAUGCCAACCAGGAACAUUUGGCAAGAGCGUCUAAAGCAUGGUAGUAAGCACCGUCUGCCCACAAUAGCGGCGGUUAACAAGGUAUCAAAGGAUUGUAUCGAUAAUUCCAAUCAGACUGAAAAGAAGGAAUUCAACUUAACCGACGAUGACUUCAAGCUUCUCUUGCCAAUCAAUCGCUAUAUCGACGACAAGCUGUGCCAGUACAGCCUGCCACAACUGAUCGCGGAACUGACCAAGAAUAUGGUGGAAAUUGAGAUCAUAAAUGUGCGACCUCAAUAUGUGUUCAUAAUGCCGGAGCCACGUAUGGCUUGGCGCAUUGAAGUCGACCUCACGAACAAUCCGUCGAUCCAAUGUCUGAUUCGUGCCGGCAUUUACCUUAAGGAGGCCAUGGACAACGAUCCGCAAGCACGAUUCAUGCUCAAUGGAUACGAUCAGGAGAAUCAUCACAUUGCUGUCGGUGCUGCUAGUGACCGAAUGCCGCCAGCUGGCAAGGACGACACCAUCAGGCGCCCCACUUCGUGGAUGGCCAGGAUUCCGCUCUUCUGGCCACACACUCCGGACCGUCUAGCGAAAAUCGUUUUAACCUAUUUCAUUUUAAUUUGUGUGAUUGGCAUUGUUUUCACUUUCUUCCUCUGAGAGCAUCGUGUUCAAAAGUAUCUGAGCUCAAGUAACAUUAGGAUCGUUAUCAAUGACUUGUUUGGCAUUGCUCACGAUAACGGAAGCCAGCUAGAUAUUUCGAGGCACAAUUCUAUUUCGAAAUUAUAUAAAUUUACAGCGCCGUAUAUGUGUAAAUUUCAAAUCAAGUUUAUUGUUCGAAUUUGUGAAAUUGUAAAUUGAAUUUUGUUUGUCUAAAAAUUUAUAUUAGAUAUUAAAUAAAAAAAAUUAUGACAAUGUCAAA